AUGCCUUCUGCUCCCUUCAAGGUCAAAGCCGUCUUUGACUACAAGUCAGAUGAACCUGACGACCUUAAUUUCUCCACCGGUCAAAUCAUCACUGUAACCGAAGAAGAAGACGCCGAAUGGUACACGGGCGAAUAUGUUGGUCCAUCAGGCGACAAGUUGGAGGGUAUUUUCCCUAGAAAUUUUGUCGAGAAAUACGAACCACCUGUUCCCUCUCGACCGGCUCGAGCCCCAAAGCGAGCCCCGGUCCCAGAGCCUGUAGAGGAUGCUCCAGAGCCAACUCCGCCGCAGCCUAUUCUCCCCGCCCAACCUGACCCUAUCGAAGUUGACGAAGACGAACAUAUAAACCCUCCCAAGGAGCCCGAGGCUGUGGAGCAGACCAAGCCAGCGCCCAUCGUACAGCCUCCCGCAACCACUGUGGCUCCCUCUGUUUCCAAGUCACCCCCUCCCAAACCAGCGGCGUCCAAGGCACCUCCACCUGUUGCUGAGAAACCUACAUCAAACUCUUUCAGGGAUCGCAUUGCAGCAUUCAACAAGCCUGCCGCGGCUCCAGUGACUCCCUUCAAACCGGGCGGUUCUGGCCCAGGUGGUACCUUUGUCAAAAAGUCUUUUGUUGCUCCACCACCAAGUAGGAAUGCCUACGUUCCUCCACCUCGAGAGCCACCACCGCAAAAGAUAUACCGGCGAGAAGAAGAUCCUGCCCUACAAGAGUCUGAGGCUCGAGAUACACACACAGAGUCGUCAAACCAACAAGACGCCGCUGACGAAGACCUUCCUAAACCACAGAGUCUGAAAGAUCGCAUAGCAGCAUUGCAAAAGCAGCAACUAGAACAGGCGGCGAGAAAUACCGAGAAGAAAGAGAAGCCCAAGAGACCUCCAAAGAAGCGCAUUGAGUCCACAGAAGAGGUUGAGCAGACCGGAGCGGCCGACUCAUCCCUUACCAAGGUAGAGACCAAUGAAACUGUUGGUCGCCCAUCUGGCGAGAUCAACGAGGCCAGCGCACACCCUCCUAGUAGCAUUGCAACCGUCACACCGCAACCACAGCCUUCGCGAGAAUUAGUCAGUGACACGAACGAUGCCGAUGAUUCCGGAGCUGGUGAUGAAGAAGAUAUCCAGGAGACGUCUACUGAAGAGGAGCGACCAAAACCUAAAGUCGCGGAAAGAUCUCUGCCAGAACCUGUCAGGCAGAAAUCAAUCACUGUCGCCGAAGGUGAGGACGAUGAAGAAGAGCAGGACGAGGACGAAGAGGAAGAAGAUCCAGAGGUCAGACGGAGAAGAGAGCUGAGGGAAAGAAUGGCCAAGAUGAGUGGAGGUAUGGGCAUGAUGGGCAUGUUCGGUCCUCCGGCAGGACUGGGCGCUCCAGCACCAUCCCGAAAACCAAAGGCCUCAGCCGAAUCUAGUCGUCAGACUUCGGAUUAUCAUCAACCAGAAGACUCUCAGGAGAGAGUCCCACCGCUUCGAGUGGCGUUGCCGGGAAUGUCCAACGUGGUUCCUAAGCGAGAGGAAACAACUCCCACAGAUGAUGCCAGUGAUGAGGACGAAACUGCAAGGCCUACACCCCGCGACCCUGUUACCCAUGGCGAGGCUGAGGACUAUGUAUCCAAACCACUACAGCGACGAUCAACUGACCGCGCUGCUCCGCCAACUCCCCAGGACCGAGCUCCUCCUCCAGCGCCACCGCGUGAUGCUAGGGCUGUUCCCCCACCACCUCCAGCAGGUCCAAGAGCAAUGCCACCAACGCCACAGUCUCCAUCAUCAGGUCGCGCGGCACCGCCAGUCCCAGUGAGCCAUACCCACGUCAACAAGGGAACUCAUGACGAAGGAAGUGAUGACGACCACCACACCAUACCCAAAAAUGCAGCCAGGUCUCCUGUAAACGAUAGUCCCACAAGCCCAUCCUUCCACGCGCCUCCACCACCACCUCGACGAGAAGAACCGCCCAGGUUAGAUACACAAGAUAGUAUCACUUCUCCAAAUAGCGAAAAAAGAGCUAGUCGUGUUCCGCCUCCAGUUCCCAUGAGUCCCACUUCUCCUCAAACUCGGGCACCACCUCCUCCACCACCCGGCCAGCCACCAAUCCGACGAUCAACUGGUGACUCCAGAGGGCCCGUCGCAAUCCCGGCAGCAGAGGAGAGCGAUGAGGACGACGAGGUAACGGAGUAUGACGGGGACUAUGACACCGACAUUGCAUCUAGUGCAAAACAUAAGGACGCCUUGAAGGCUCACAAUAGGGAUUCGAGCCUCGAUGAUGGAGUGCUAACAGAUGAUGCCAUAAAAUCACCCAAAAGCCCACCAGUUCGCGCGGCACCUCCUCUACCACCUGUUCCUGCGGUGGCCGCACCACGAGAGAUACCACCACCUCCACCCUCUCAGGCAGCUCCCAAGUCAAGAAAGUCUGUGGACGCUCCUCGUGUCGCUCCUCCUCCCGUACCUCCCCCAAAGAUUGCCAAUGAUGAUGACGAUGAUGGAGACUAUGACCCCUAUAGAUACGGAUCACAAUCUCACGCCGCCCCGAAUUUGUCGUCUCGAGGACAGUAUUCGCAAGUUCUACAGUCUCCUAGGGAAGAAGUCGAAGAGGAUGACUUGUACGGUGAUGGUCAGCCGCCUUCCGCUGUACCGCCGCCUCCACCUCCGGCGGAAAGAGCUCCUUCUCAUCCAACUCCUACAUACGUGGAACAUCAUCCCCCUCCGUCUUCUUUUGCACCACCUCCACCACCCGCAGCACCUCAGCCGGAACACACUCUAGAUGUUAAACGAUCUGCCACGAUCUCUCGACGUUCAAUGGAUCAAUCACGUACCAGUGGCGAGCAAGGUUUUAUUGCGCAUGAUAUUGAUGUUGGCAAGAAUUCGCUAUGGUGGACCCAGGAACAAGUUCCUCCACCGUCACUACAGGGCCGCCAUGACGUGCUGUACGAGAUAGAGAGCUCUUCAUCAGGCACCCAAAACGGGAGAGCGACAUUGUCCAAACAUGUCUUCGUACUCUACAUGGACUACUCUUCGACAACUAUAAAUGCAAGCUUUGAUAGUGCCCAGCCCUCAAACGUUGUGUUUGAGCAAAGCCACGAACGACCACCACCAACGCCGAGGCGUGAUCAGCUUGAAAGUGCGUCAGGACAAUAUGGUGUGCAAAUAAUCCGAGCCACAAAUGCGCUGGCGGGGUCUGCUGUCGGUGACGGCUCUGGUCAAGCUCUUGUUCUUGAAGUCUUGAAACCACAUACCACGGCUUUGCGUCCCAUUGGCAACAGAGCGUACGGAGCUUUAGUAUAUGCCAACCUAGGGAAUGCAUCUACGCAACAAUUCGAUGAAAUACGACCGGGUGAUAUCGUUACAUUCCGCAAUGCCAGGUUCGCUGGUCAUAAAGGAGGUCUUCACGCCAAGUACAGUAUGGAUGUUGGUAAACCAGAUCAUGUGGCUGUAGUGAUUGACUGGGACGGCACCAAGAAAAAGAUUCGUGCGUGGGAGCAAGGCCGCGAAGAAAAGGGGAAGAAGCCUAAGGUGAGAGAGGAGAGCUUCAAGGUAGGAGAUCUGAGGAGUGGUGAAGUGAUGGUGUGGAGAGUGAUGCCGAGAAGUUGGGUCGGGUGGGAUAAAAGUGGUUGA